AUGUUGCCAACCGCUAGCCCAUUGUGCGAUUUCCCUAUCCUCCCGAUUCCCACUCCUCACGGCCACAAUAGUCGUACUUUCCACCCACCUCCGCUCGAUGGAAGUCUCAGUAUAUCCGAGAUCUUCGAAUUCCAUGCUGAACAUAGCCCGGAACACCCAGUCUUCAUCUACGCCGAUGGCCCGGACGAUGCUCGAACGAUCUUGUACCCUGAAGCAUGGCGUCUUGUCAAACGGGCAUCCAAGAUAAUUCACAGUCACACUUCGCGAUUCGAUGAGCAGUAUAGCCUUCAAGAUCGUGGAGGCCCUCAGAAUCCCCCUACCGUAGGCAUUCUUGCAAAUGCUGACACCAUCAGCUUCUUCUCGACUAUCGUCGGAACCAUGCGCCUCGGUCUUCUUGCAUUCCCACUAUCAAUCCGCAACUCACCAAUCUCAAUCGCGCAUCUGAUUAAGAAGACCCACGUCCUCCAGCUGUUCGUGUCGCCUGAUCCGGCCAUGCAGAGUUUGUGUGCCGAAGCUCUUGAUAUCUUGAAGGAUGACGGUAUACAGGUCGAGGUCCUGCCGAUGAUACUGUUUGAUGACAUUCGAGAUGACGCGCCGCGCGCGUCCGAGUUGGACCAGGUCGAGUUGCCGCUGCCGAAAAUCAACUUAGAUACGAGCAGCAUUAUUUUUCACUCCUCCGGCAGCACCUCGUUCCCGAAACCUAUCUAUAUUACCCACAGAAGACUUCUUCAAUGGAGCUUGGUACCACUCUUCGGAGAAGUAGACCUGUGCGGUGUUGUACUCGCAGCUCCUACAUUGGGCCUUUUCCAUGUCAUGGGCAUCGUGUUCGUCAUAUGGACGAGCGUCCCCGGCAUGACACUCGGAGUGUUCAAACCUGCAUCACCUCCCGUUAUCCCAUUGCCCGAAACAGCCUUGAACAACAUCAUGCAGAUCAAGAGCACCUACAUACUGACAGUCCCUUCGUUUAUUGAGGCAUGGGCUCGCGAUUCUACUAUGCUGUCGCAGCUCAAAUCGAUGGUCGGAUCGUUGCGUGGUAUAGCAUACUCCGGAGCGCCUCUGACAAAGUCCCUAGGAGACGACCUCGUUCGGUCCGGCGUGAAUUUAUGCCCCCUCUUUGGCCUUACGGAGACCUGGUGUGUAGCCUUAUGCUUGCCGUCGAAACAGAAGGAUCUCGAAACGUGGGAGUGGUUCGAACCAUCCCCACUUGCGGAGCUAGAGUUCAUUCCUCAGGAGGGAAGUGAGGACCUAUUCGAGAUAUGCGUCGUCGAAACACCGUAUUCUGGCCCGGCUCUGACAAACGCGACGUCGCGCGACGGAAGACCAAUGUAUAGGACUUCAGACCUCUGUCAGAUGCAUCCGACGUAUCCGAACAAGUGGAGAGUACACGGAAGGUCGGACGAUCAGAUCAUGCUGUCCACUGGAGAGAAGACAAAUCCAGGACCCCUAGAGACAAUCUUGAUCCAAGAUCCUCAUGUCAAGGCGGCUGUCAUGUUCGGACGAGGUCAGUUCCAGAAUGGAAUUCUUGUGGACCCGAAACCGGAGUAUGCAUUCGAUCCAGUGGAUGAGGCGAAACUCGUUGAGUUUCGCAGCUUGAUCUGGCCCUCCAUCGAGAAAAUGAACGCGUUUGCACCGGCCCACUCCCGACUGUUCAAAGAGAUGAUCAUCGUCGCAAGCCCGUCGAAGCCCUUCGAAUACACGUCUAAAGGAACACCCCGAAGGCAUUUCAUGACUGCGAGGUACGACCAGGAGAUUCAAGCGUUGUACGAUACCGUCCGCGAGUCGGCUCAGAUCGACAUUCCUGUCCCCGAAGUUUGGACAGAGGAGUCUGUGCUUCAAUUCGUUGGGGAAACUGUCAGGAAGGUCAUGAAAAGAGACGUUCCCGCGGACGCCGAUAUCUUCCAGCAAGGUUGCGAUAGCUUGCAGGCGACAUACAUCCGCAACGUUAUUGUCCAAGCACUUCGCCAACCGCUCAGCACCUCCAGUCUCCGUCUCCCCAGUAACUUCAUAUAUUCGAACCCGACAAUUAAUGCUCUAUCCUCGUUCAUUAGUUCCUUAUUCUCGCCUGACGAUGUUACGAUCGGACUCACCUCCGAGAGCGACGUUGCUGAGAUGGAAGCCAUGGUCGAGAAGUAUAGUGUCGACUUCCCCGUACAUCGAGGCGGCGAAAGCGACGGAGCGAACAGCGUCGACGAAGUCGUAUUACUCACUGGUACCACUGGCCGGCUUGGAUCUCAUCUCCUGGCCCAAUUGUUGGCAAAACCGUCGGUCACCAAGGUAUAUGCCCUGAAUCGUGCUGCAAAGGGGAGCAUUGCAGGGAGACAACACGAUGCAUUCGUGAAUUGGGGCCUCGAUGAAGUCCUACUUUCUGGCGGGAAGCUCGUCUUGGCCAAAGCUGACUUCAGUAAAUCUGAUCUCGGAAUUGGAGAAGACUUGUACAACGAGGUUCGUGACUCGGUUACAAGCAUCAUACACAAUGCGUGGCGUGUCGACUUCAAUGUUGCACUAUCGUCGUUUGAACCUCUUGUCGCCGGAGUACGACGCUUGAUCAACCUCUCCCUCUCAUCUCCUCGCCCGUCAGCCCCUCCCAUCCUCUUCAGCAGCUCCAUCUCCGUCAUCAUCAAUUCCCCUGCGUCUCCGAUCCUUGAGCUCCCGAUAACGGAUCCGAAAAUCGCAGCCGGUCGUGGGUAUAGUGCAAGCAAAUGGGUUGCGGAGACCAUGCUGCUCAGGGCCAUGAGUGAACGAGGCCUUCGCACGAAUAUAGUACGCGUCGGACAGUUGUCCGGAGACCUUGCGAAGGGCGGAUGGAACGAGAAGGAGUGGGUUCCCGUCUUACUGAAAGGGUCCCAGGCUUUGGGAGCUGUCCCGCAAAGAGUAGAGGAACUGUCCUGGGUCCCUGUCGACGCCGCAGCUUCGACUCUCCUCGAAAUGCUUGGAAGUACAGAACCUGUCCUCCACCUCGUUCAUCCUCAUCCAGUUCCGUGGACCGUCAUCUCCUCUACUUUCUCCACACUACUCAACAUCCCCAUCGUUCCUUACGACCAAUGGCUCCCUAUGCUCAAGGACGCAGCCCGUGACACUCAAAGUGACAGCGAUGCUGUCAAGCAUAAUCCUGCGCUUCUGUUAUUGGAGUUCUUUGAAAAAGAUUUGCCGGCGGAGACUGGACUAGUGAUUGAUACGGGUAAAGCUGUGGUAGUGAGCGAGACAUUGAGAGAUGCGAGGAAGAUGGGGGGUGGCGAUGUAGAGAUGUGGAUAGGGUACUGGGCAGAGAAGGGUUUUUUGUCAGGCGGUGUGUAG